AUGGGUGAUUCCGGUGAGCUGAUUGUGGAGGACAAGCAGUCUCAUGAUGACACUCAAGACUUCAAGGCCCUUCAGACUGACGAAGUUCACCAAAACGGAGUGAAGGAUGAGGAUAAUAUCAAGUCAGUAGCGGCUGAUCACAGUAAAGGCCAGAGAACGCAGCGCAGCCGCUCCCGAUCACGUCGAGCUCAGACUGAGACUUCGGGAGCUUUUGUCAAGAUGCUUCGCCUUUGCCUUUUGAACAGACAGAGCGUAUGGCACAUUGAUGAUUGCAGCAAAAUACACAGGCAGUGCUUCAUUAUUAUGCGUGUGUUUGCAGUGCUUUUUGUUUGCUGUGUGAACCUUGUGUCGGAAGCAAUGAUGGUUCCUGUUAGUUCCAUACUGACCAACUUAUUUUUAUACAAUCACACAUCAUGGCUACAGCGCUUAUGCAAGAUUGCGAGCACCGGAACAUAA